AUGGCAGCCCCCGGGCUCGAAGUUCACGUCCAAGCUGACGGCAACCCGCUUCGCGAGUACAUCGACCGCCACACUACCGUAUCGGAAGCUAUCUCCGAAAGCUACAUCGAAGCAAAGUCAGACUCAACAUUCGAAAUUCACUACUCUUUCAAGGCGCCUUUCCCCGUCGACCGUCCUGUGUCUAUGAUCGUGACCAUCGACGGCAAGGAUGUUGAUGAGCCGCUCAUUCGCCCCGACGAGCUGUACGACGCAAAUGGUCACGUCAGCUCUGGACCGAUAUCGAACGAUGGUAAAGACUGGUUCACACAGAACUAUCGCUUCUCGCCGCUUGAUAUCAGUAAGUCAUCUUCACCUCCUAAAAGGUGA